AUGACAGUCAUGGCUACGGUUCCUAGAUGGCUAUUCUACUCCCUGAUAUCAUCGUUGUUAUGUAUCCUGGGCAGUCUUUGUGUUCCAUUGUUAUCCGUUCUGUUCAAGACGAAGCAACAUAGCAACUCCAAGUUGGUUAACUAUGGACUAUCCCUUAGUGCAGGAUCGAUGAUUACCACUUCAUUAUUCAAGAUGCUACCAGAAAUGGAUAAUGAUAAUAAGUAUACCGUUUUCUUUGGAUUUUUAGGUGGUAUUUGCACAAGUUUAUUUUUAAACUACGUCGUUCAUGCAUUCGCUAGUGAAUCUUUGAUCCAUUGUUCUCAUGAACAUACAGAUGAGAUCGCUUCCAGUUCGGACGAAUUGGAUCAUAAUCAUCAACAUACUCAUACCGUCAUCGACAAUGAUGCCACUUACAACGGCCAAUAUGUUCCAGGCACCAACAAUACCAAUGCUACGGAAAAUCAACCGUUACUUAGCCAUAAAGAUCUGGAAGAUCAAACCUCUCAUCACCAUCAUCAGACUUCACUUAUCGACCUAAUCUCAAAUAGAAACACAGAUGUCAUUGGAGAUUGCUGUGAUAAGCAUCUAUGCACUCCGCUGUUAAAAUCGGAAACAAUUCCUUGUGUCCCAACGGCUCUUCACUCUUCACUUAGUAUCAAAUCGACUAAUUCGAUUCUUAACGACAAUAAUAUAAUUCCAACAACGUCAAACCUCACAGCAAAUUCAAAUACGGGUGUUCGUUGCUUGGAAAACAAUAUUGGUUACGAUUUAGAAAAUCUAUCGUUGUAUCGUUCCAAAUUUAUGAUGGAUUCAGGAAUAAAGUCGCUUAAUCACCGCUCCAAUUCCGAUACAAUCACUGAUGAAGACGCAAACUCUGUCCAUUUCUUUGAACCUUCACCAUAUAGAUUAACAACAGACACUUCUCAUGGAAAUACUCACAGAGAAAGUGUAGCAUCCAAUUUCCAUCAUCAUCACCUGGAGACCCCCUUCUCCAAAUUGCUUUCCAUUGGUAUGCAAACAUGUCUGGUGUUAACUUUACAUAAAUUCCCAGAGGGGUUCAUCAUUUAUUAUACAAAUAAAUCGAAAUAUCCCUCCUCAUUGGGACUUUCCAUCUUCUUGAGUUUAACGAUUCAUAACUUUGUGGAAGGUUUUGCCAUGACUUUACCGUUUUAUACUGCUUUUAAGAGUAAAUGGAUUGCCAUUUUAAUUACAACGAUAUUAGGUGGUGGAUCUCAGCCCUUGGGUGCAUUGAUUGGUUAUUUAAUUUUCAAAAAUCAUACUUCUCCUACUGGUGAAGAGCCACAUUUAGAUCUACUAUUGAGUAUUACCGCAGGUUUCUUAUUAGUCAUUGGAUUACAAAUGUUUCAGACUGGUGUUGGGUUUAGUGACGGACAUCAUCACCAUGAAGGUGAGGACGAAGAAGUUAUCCAACAGAACCAUAGUUCCGGAACUACUUGUUUGAAAUGGUGCUGCACUGGUGCUAUGUUGAUCCUGGCUAGUAGUUUAUUUACUUGA